AUUGCGUAAGUUUAUUGCAGAAUUAAAUAUGGAUAGUGCAAAUGUCAUCCCAUCUGCCGAACCACAGAUUUAUCGAUCGUCUGUACCAUGGAAACGUCGAGCAGUUUUUAUUCAUCCUGAAGAUCAGUACCAACGCUUUGUUUUAUCUGCUGAAGAGGAAGAAGCAUUUGAGAGAGAUGAAGCUGCCUUACAAUUCCAACUCUCUCAACUUCGGAGAAUGCUAUCCCAAGUUGCCCGUAAGAGAAGACAUCAUAUUUUGAAACACAAGGUUCAUAGGAGGGGCUUGCGUUUUGAACACCAAGGUUGUUGUUUCCUAAAUUUUGUAGCAAGUCUUACAUAUUAGGCUAUUCUAUAUUGUUUCACUCUUUAUUUAUUUCUUUAUUAACUUAAAUUUUAGUUAUUCUUACUUAAAAUGAGAAGUAUACCAUUCUAUCUUUCCUUGAAAACAUUUGUUUUAAUAAUUGUGUUUAAUGUAGCGCGAGUACAUGAGCUUGACAGUUUCUCAAACUCAUUCAAUUUAUCAAUUACUGUGACAAAAAUUUAUUAAUAUUACUUAUCUAUUUCACUAGGUCUUCCGUUGGUUGAAUUUUUUGAUAUUGG